GAUGCACCAACAAUGGAGAGAUUCUUACACGAAAUUGCUAAAGAGAAAAUCGUCAGAUUCACUGCACAAGAACUUUAUAGUUUUACGAAUAACUACUCGACAAGAUUGGGAUCUGGCGGCUUCGGGGUCGUUUAUGAAGGACAAUUUCCUAAUGGAAUAAGAAUUGCAGUGAAAGUUCUGAAUAGAAACUCAAACAAUAAGAAAGUUGAAGAACAAUUCAUGGCGGAGGUAGGAAGUAUAGGUAAAACUCACCAUAUAAAUCUUGUUAGAUUAUAUGGAUUUUGUUUUGAUAAUUUAAUGAGUGCAUUAGUAUAUGAAUACAUGGAAAAUAACUCCCUAGACAAGUUCUUGUUUAGUACUAAAACACCACAAAUCGAGGUGGAACAGCUACAAGAAAUCGCUCUUGGUACCGCGAAAGGGCUCGCCUACCUGCAUGAAGAGUGUCAGCAUAGGAUAAUUCACUACGACAUAAAGCCUGGGAACGUUCUUCUCGACUCAAACUUCUCCCCGAAAGUUGCAGAUUUUGGGCUUGCGAAGCUUUGUGACAGAGAUAUCACUCAUGUAUCCUGCUCAGGGUAUAGAGGAACACCAGGUUAUUCCGCACCGGAGUUUCUUAUGCCUGGUUAUCCAGUUACACAUAAAUGUGAUGUUUAUAGUUUUGGGAUGUUACUAUUUGAGAUAGCAACGCGGCGUAGGAACACGAAUACCAACAUGGAUACAGAUGAUACUUUAGAUUGGUUUCCAAAGAAGGCUUGGGAAGAGUUUGAGAAAGAUGGAUUGAAAAAUUUAAUAACAAUGGAGAUUACUGGGAUUGAAGAGAAGGAUAAAGAGAAGGUGCACAGGAUGUUCAUGGUAGCAUUGUGGUGUGUGCAAGAUUCUCCUGGUUCAAGACCUUCGAUGAGUACUGUAGUGAAGAUGUUGGAAGGUGGUGUUGAAAUUCUACCUCCACCGAAUCCAUUUAGAUAUCUUUAUGGAUUAGGCAACGAAAAUGUAGCUGGAGAUACUACCGUUCUGGGUAGUUAUUCGACUAGUGCAGGAACAAAUUCGUCUUGGUAUGAAAAAACAACUCCAGUCAUGAGGAAGUAUGAAAUACAGAUAGCUAGUUCAUGA